AUGUUAAUUGAAAAAAUUAAAGCAAUUCCUAAAGAAGGAGAGAUAAAUGUAAUUAUUGAAAUUCCAAUGAAUGAUAACAAGCCAAUAAAAUAUGAAUUUGAUAAAGAAUCAGGCGGAAUUUUUGUUGACAGAUUCAUGCAAUCUCCUAUGUACUAUCCUUGUAAUUAUGGGUUUAUUCCACAUACGCUUGCCAAUGACGGUGACCCAGUUGAUGUAUUAGUUAUCUCACAUUAUGCUUUAAUAGCUGGUUGUGUGAUUAGGACUCGCCCCAUUGGAGUUUUAAUGAUGCAAGAUGAAUCUGGUAUGGAUGAAAAAAUCAUUGCUGUGCCAACUUCUAAAUUAGAUAUUACUUUUGACACGAUUAAAGACCUAAAUGACUUGAAGAAUUUUAAACCUUUAUUACAAGAAAGGAUAGUGCAUUUUUUUGAACAUUAUAAAGACUUAGAAAAAGUAGCUUGUUUUACCUUAAUUUCUCGUAUAUUUGGCCUAAUCAGAGAAUUAUUCAUUGCAUCAUUAUUUGGUGCAACAAAUAUUGCUGAUAGUGUUAACGUGGCAUUUAAAUUACCUAAUUUAUUUAGACGUAUUUUUGGUGAGGGUGCUCUUGUUUCUUCUUUCAUCCCUAUUUUUAAUGAAAAAAUUUUAGAAUCAAAAGAUUCAGCUACUAGUUUUAUUGAAGGAGCAAUUUCCAUAUUAUCUUAUGCUGAUAGAAUAUAUCAAUUUCCCUUAUCGUUAAUAGGAGUAACUUUAGGAACAAUAUUAUUACCUGAAUUAUCAAAAAUAUAUAAACUGAAUGAUUUGAAGCAAGCUGUGAAGAUCCAGAAUGAAGCUAUUAAAAUCGGUCUCUUAUUAUCAUUACCUGCUGCUUUUGGUAUAAUUGCUUUAGCAGACCCAAUAAUCCAUAUAAUAUAUGAACGCGGAGAAUUCUCUCUAGAAGAUAGAGUUAAAACUGCUGAAGCAAUUUCAGCUUUUGCUAUUGGUCUUCCUGCUUUUAUACUUAUUAAAAUCUUGACACCAAUUUUUUAUGCUAAUCAAGAUACUAAAACCCCAUUGAAAAUAACUAUUUAUUCUCUUAUUAUUAACACACUAUUAAAUAUAAUUCUAAUGAUAAAAUUUAGUCAUGUCGGUAUAGCACUUGGUUCUUCUAUAGCUGCAUGGUAUAAUGCAUUUUUACUUUAUAAAUAUACAAAGAAGCAUGUAAUAUUUAGCUGUAUAUUUAUUCCAAUGAAAAAGGAACCUAAUUACCAGGAUUUACUUAAGACUUUAGUCCUAUUUACUAUGAUAAUAGAUCAUUGUGUAGAUUAUGGUUCUUUAGUUUUAGCCAUUAUGGCACUUGGAUAUAUUGCUAAACAUGAUUCUGAUAAUCUUAAUUUAGCAGAAUAA